AUGUCGCGAAUUUGGAAACAAAGAACAGCCGAAGCAAAAGCGCUUGCGGAGCCCAUGUCCUCCACUAUCGCACGACUUAAAACCUCCUUAACCGAGUCAGAUUCCCAAGGGCUGCUCUUAGGCUGUAGCAGCGUGCUCCUUGCUGCAAACGCAGACCAAACCGAACUUCUCAUCCGAACGUGCUUCGGCCGGCCCAUUAUUACUGCAGAAAAAGAUAAGCAUAAGCAGUGGUUCCAACUGAGUCUAGAGGAAGCCCUCUACUUGAGCUCCAUUAUGAAAUGCAUGAAACUCGUCGUGAGAGAGAAUAAAUCCGCAAAUGACGAGGAAUUAUGGUGUCACUUGAUGUCCAACAACUCUAAUCUCCCGGUUGUGUUCAAAGCGUAUUCCCACCUCCGAAUGAAAAAUUGGUUGGUCAAAUCGGGUUCUCAGUACGGAGUUGACUUUGUUGCUUACCGGCACCAUCCAUCCCUGGUUCACGCUGAGUACGCGGUUAUUGUUUUGUCAGAUAAAGAGGGUGAAGGUAAAAACAACAGGUUAAAUUCUUGGUCGGAUUUACAUUGCACCCUCCGGUUGUGUGGUGGGGUGGUAAAAACUUUGUUGGUCCUACACGUGAGGAGAACGAAAGGGAAUAAUGACGGGCUUUCUAUUUCACGUUUGGAUGAUUAUAAUGUCGAGGAGAGGGUUGUGAGUAGGUGGAAUCCGAAGAAAAGGUCGAACGAGGGUGGAGAAGGAAUCGAGUGA